UUAAGCAGCUCAGAGGCCGAGGCCAGACCCGAGUGAGCUCAGCCAUGGCGCGGGGGCUGCUACUGCUCAGCCUGGUGGUCCUGGCGCUGGCUUUGGUAGCGGAGAGGCGGGCGGCGUUCCGAAAUCGCUUUAAUGCCUCCCGAGAAGUGAAGCCCCUGGACCUUCUUGGCUGCCGCCUCAUUAAAGGGAUCGAAACUGGUUCUGAAGACCUGGAGAUACUUCCCCACGGCCUGGCUUUCCUGAGCUGCGGCUUAAAAUAUCCAGGCAUAAAGAGCUUUGCUCCACACAAGCCUGGAGAAAUACUUCUGAUGGACCUCAAUGAAGAAAAACCCGAGCCUGUGGUUCUGCCCAUCCAUGGGGAUGGGCUGGACAGGGCUUCUCUUAACCCACACGGGAUCAGCACAUUCACAGAUGAAGAUAACACCGUGUACCUGUUUGUGGUGAAUCAUCCGCAGUUCACGACCACUGUGGAGCUGUUUAAGUUUCAAGAAGAAGAAAGAUCCCUUUUGUACCUGAAAACGAUACAACAUGAGCUGCUUCCCAAUGUGAAUGACAUCAUUGCCGUGGGACCUGAACAUUUCUAUGCCACCAAUGAUCAUUACUUCUCAGACCCCUACCUCCGGUCCUGGGAGCUGUACUUGGGUUUGAAAUGGUCCAAUGUGGUUUACUACAGCCCAACCCAAGUGCGCGAGGUCGCUGGCGGCUUUGAUUUUGCCAAUGGUAUCAACAUUUCACCUGAUGGGAAGUAUCUUUAUGUGGCCGAACUGCUAGGUCAUAAGAUUCAUGUCUUUGAAAAACUUGCUGAUGGGAGCCUCAAGGCACGGAAGGCCCUUGCUUUUGACACGCUUGUGGAUAACUUGUCUGUGGAUCCCACCACAGGGGAUGUGUGGGUUGGAUGCCAUCCCAACGGCAUGAAAAUUUUCUUCUACGACCCAGAGAAUCCACCUCCAUCAGAGGUGCUCCGCAUCCAGAACAUUCUAUCCUCCAACCCAACGGUGACCCAGGUGUAUGCAGAAGAAGGUUCCGUCCUGCAGGGCAGCACCGUGGCAUCGGUAUACCAAGGGAGGCUGCUGAUCGGUACGGUCUUCCACCGGGCUCUGUACUGUGAGCUCUAGCCGUGCCCUCCUCCCUCUUGGGAGCCAGGUCACUGAGGCUGUGGGCAUCAAGGGGAACCCGUCAGAGCAAUAAAAGGAGUGCCCAAUAGAA